CGGUGAAUCAUGUGGUUAGGUUUGCAGAGCUAUUCAUAGGUGGCGUCGCAGAUCAGUUACUCACAUAGUUAGGUUUUCAAAGGUGUUGUCGUUUCAAACGGUUUAGUGUGAUUAUAAGUUUAAUUAUUUGUAUAAUAAUGGCUGAUUUAAAUAAAGCUGGACCUUCAGGCGUAAAAAGACGUAAGACCGUGAAAGUGAGAAAUGAAAAAAAUCUGAGUGUUGAGGAAUUGAUGCAGUUUUUAUAUAAUUCAGACUCAGAUGAAGAUUAUGAAGACUCUGAUGUAGAUAACUUUGAAAUUGAAAAUGUUUCGGAAGACUCUUCUGGAAGUGAUACUGAGGAUGAUGUACUACAGAACGAGUUAAAUAAUACCGUUGCAGAUAAUCCUGACGUACAGAUUACAGACAAUGAAUGGACCGAAACAACUAGCGGUAUGAAACAAAUUCCAUUUACAAAAAGAAGUGGAUUGUUAGUCGAUAGUCCUGGUGAUAGUGCGUACGAUUGGUUUAGGCUGUUGUUUGACGAUGAACUUUUAAAUAUGAUUGUCUUACAAACUAACAGUUAUGCAGUUGAAGUUCUUUCUACCAGCAAAGGAUGUGACCGUUCAAGGAUUUCCCUAUGGAAGGAAUUAACAAUAUCGGAAUUGCUAAUAUUUAUUGGAUUAACCUUCCAUACAGGAACAAUCCAAUUGCCUAGCAUACAAGACUACUGGAAGAAAAAUAGAUUAUUUUCGACUUGUUUUUCUUCAUACAUGAGUAGAGACCGCUAUUUGCUUAUAAUGCGAUGCCUUCAUUUUGCCGAAAAUGUAAAAGAAAAUGAACCAGUUCCAGUAGAUCGACUAUAUAAGGUAAGACCCUUGCUAGAUCAUUUUAAUAACAAAAUGAAGACGGUAUACUAUCCAGGAAAGUAUUUUAGGUCUGGAUCCCGCGUAUGAAAAAAAAGUUGAUUA